AUGGCAGACGACAUUCUACAUCGCAUUCGUCAAGGAUUACAAAUUUAUUCAUACAAACCUCCUGAUAAUCAUCUUAAAAUAUUAUUAUUCCAAGAAUUGGACUCAACUUUCUCCAAUAAUGGUCUUUCUUUAUCAGCAUACAAUUUGAUGAUACCUACUAAUAUAACAAGUACACCAUCAACAAAUAGGUUAAUCAUAGAAGAACUUUCUUAUGAUAGAGCAGCUUUACAAGCAGAAGCUGAUCAUAUGUAUUCUAUAUUGAAUGAAGAACAGAAACAAAUCUUUCAUACAAUUAUCACAGAUAUUGAUAAAGGCAGAAAAACUAUGUACUUUGUAUCAGGAUUUGGUGGAACUGGAAAAACUUUCCUUUGGAAUUGCAUUAUAUACAAAUUAAGAUCCCAAGAUGGCUACCACAAAGAAUAUUAUCUGAAAAAAAGAGACAGAUUGUAUAUGAUAUGGGGAAUAUUACCUAUCAAUGACAGUACUUGAAUAACAUAUCCUUUUAAUAUAACAUAUAUUUUACGUUAAUCUCAUAUACCUUUAUGUAGAAAGAACAAUCUUGAAGGAUAUUUUUUUAUAUAAAAAAGACAGAUUGUAUAUGAUAUGGAGAUAUUAUCUAUCAAAUACAGCACUUCAAUAACAUAUCCUUUUAAUAUAACAUAUAUUUUAGCUUAAGGUCAUAUAUCUUUAUAUAGAAACAACCUUCUUCAAGGAUACUUUUUUUUUAUGUAUAUCCAUGCCUUUUAUAUCAUAUAAUAUGAUAUUAACCAU